AUAAUAUAUAUAAACUAAUAUGCCUCCCAAAAAAUAGAAGGAUGAUGGAGCAUAAAAUAACGCUGCCAAAAUUACAAUGCUGGAUUUUGAAGCUAAAAGAAUGCAAAUGAGAAUAGUAGAAGAACAAAUGAGAGCUGAUCGAUCUAAAACAUAAGAGAUGCAAUUACAACAAAAAUAUUUAAGUUUAGAGAAAGAUUUUAAAGGAGAGAAAGAAAAAUUAUUCAAUAUCAGUACAGAUAUGAAUAGAUAAUAUAAGUAAAUGCAAGAUGAAUUACUUAAAGAUAUUAAUGAAUUGAAUGCGACUGUCAAAGAGAAAGACGAAGUUAUUAGUACUUACUUAAUAAAAUAUACUUAGAAACCAAAGAAUAAUAGAUUACAGAUUAUCGAGGCAGUUAUGAGGAAAAACUCAAGAAGAAAGAUUAGGAUAUUGCUGAAUUAAGAAAAAAGAUUGAUGAUAUGUCUUUAGAGUUUGCAGAUAUGCUUAAAGAAACCUUAAACAAAAUGUAAGAAAGAAUCGAAUUAGCUUAAUGGGAUAACAAUUCUGAUAAUUAAGUUAUGAGAAAUUUCAAGGAAGCCUCAGGUUUUGGAAAUUGAACAAUAC